GGGGAGCGGGUGAGCUGGCCCGAGGGCAGCUCGAGCACGUCCCUGAGUGUGGGUGUGGGUGUGGGGCAACUUGGGUGGGAGCAGCGUGGAGGCUACCCCGACGGAGUCCCGCGCCUCGAGGCUGGGGUGUGUGCAGGCAGAGCGAGGAUAAAUAGGAGGCUCCCUCCGCCCGGGCUGCACUCCCGGAGCCGCCCGCGCCCCGGGUGUUGCCUGCCCAGGCCCGGGUGCCAGGCCGAGAAGUAGUUUCGUUUCCGGCUGGCCGGAGACAGUAGUUUCCAGGCCCGCCCUCGGGCGCCCGCGGCCGGGGAAGGGGCGCAGGACGAGGGGGACUCGUCCAGGGGCUGCCCGGCCCCGCAGCGUGGGGUUGAUGGACCGGGCCGCCCCGGGCAGCGGCGCCGGCUCCCUGCCACUGCUCCUGGCCCUCGCCCUGGGUCUAGUGAUCCUCCACUGUGUUGUGGCAGAUGGGAAUUCAACCAGGAGUCCUGAAAACGAUGGCCUUCUCUGUCAAGAUCCUGGGGAAAACUGCGCAGCUACCACCGCGCGGUCGAAGCGGAGGGGCCACUUCGCGCGCUGCCCCAAGCAGUACAAGCACUACUGCAUCCAAGGGCGAUGUCGCUUCGUGGUGGCCGAGCAGACGCCGUCGUGCGCCUGCGAUGAAGGCUACACUGGGGCGAGAUGUGAGAGAGUUGACUUGUUUUACCUCAGAGGAGAUAGAGGGCAGAUUUUGGUGAUUUGUUUGAUAGCAGUUAUGGUCAUUUUUAUCAUUUUGGUGGUCGGUGUCUGCGCAUGCUGUCAUCCUCUUCGGAAGCGUCGUAAAAGAAGGAAGAAGGAAGAAGAAAUGGAAACUCUGGGUAAAGAUAUAACUCCAAUAAAUGAAGAUACUCAAGAGACUAGUAUUGCUUAAGGGCUAUGAAGUUACCUCCAGGCUGGUGGCAAGCUUCAAGAUGCCUUGCUCAUUAGAAAAUGGACAGAAUGUGUCUCAGGAAAAGAGCCAGGAGAAAUGAAUUUUAAAUGAUGUAUUUACUUUUUGUCUGUAAUGUUAAUCUGUGUUUUUUACUAUUUUUAUAAUAAUAAGUAAUUUUAUUAUUGUUCGUAAUUGGGAAAAGCACUCAGUUAAGAAAUGUUAAUAAACGUCCACUUAAAGUUUUGUUACCAGUAUUACCAGUCAAACAAAAAAGGAGAGUGAGAAGGAGUUUAGAUUUUAGGAACUGCAUUAAAAAUAAAGCUGCCAUUUAUCCAGCAUAUACUGUGGACCAAGAGUUUAAAGUAUAUCAUUUCCUUUAAUCCUUUUAAGAACCUAUGAAUAUCUCCUAUGAACCUCAUUUCCCAUAUAUGGGAAAAGACACAAAGAAGUUAAAUAACGCAACCCAGAUUUACAGAGGUAGGAAUUGGUGGAGCUGAAAUUGGAACCAAGAGUUACCCAACUUCAGUUUGGGUUCUUAACUAUGAUUUUUGUAGAUCAGAGUGGGUACAACCCAACUCACUGAUAUAAUCCAAGACUUUAUACUACAUUAUGUUUUGCCAUGAUACUGAGAUGCUGGGGAUAUUUUCCUGGAGAAACUCAGGUUGGAGAGUCCUGGCUGUAUAUGUUAAUAUUACCAUCAUGUUUUCUGCAGCACUGACUUCUUUUAUAUUCCUUUGCUCCUUUAUAAAUUCUCUGCGGCAUGAAUAAAUUCUUACAUUAGUAAAGCAAACAGAUUUGCCCCCAUAGCUAGGGUAAUGAAUAAAGAUGGAAAGUAAAUGCCUGAGCAUCUUUAAGCCCAGGUAAGUGUUCACGCUAACUAAGGGAUAAAUUAUAGCACUGGAAGAAGAGGUUGUUUAUUCCUGGGCAAUGGUCAGUGACACCACAGCAGAGCCCAGGCACACACUGUCUGUGACCAUAGCCUCAUUUUUGUUCUUCCAAAAAACAGUACCUUUGAUUGCUCUCAAGUGACUGUUGAUGCAAUGAAAUCAUGACCGUGAGCAUCUGUUACUUGGGACCAUCUUGCCAAAUGUUCCUUCAACUCCAUAAUAUAUUUAAUAAAGACUCUUAAAA